GGACAGGGGCAAGGGCUCUGGAGCAGCAGACCAGCUUCCCAGCUCAAGACAGUCACUGCCUCCACUCUGUUCUCUGCUACUGCCCAGCCACCACCCCACUUUGGGGGGGUUGCCUGAUGGGAUCCACUUUCCUCUGAAUUCUGGCCUCAGCUCUUCUCUCUCCAGGUUUCCCUUCCUGUCUUCCUCUAGAUUCCUGUCCUCCACUGCCCUCUGCAGAACCUCUCUGACCUCUUUCCCUUGGGCCGGCUCUGUGUGACCUGCGACCCAGGCCUAAGGGGAGAUGUGGGAGGUUCGGUUCCUGGUCUUGCUGCUGGUGCAACUGCUGUGGGUGGCUCCAGUGGGGGCUCCAGCGCCGGGGGCAGAGGUCCAGUUGGUGUGGGCUGAGGAGGGGGCACCUGCCCAGCUCCCGUGCAACUCCACCAUCCCCCUCCAGGAUCUCAGCCGGCUGCAAACAGAAGUCACUUGGCAUCAUUUCCCAGACUGGUAUGCACCCCCCUCUCUUCCUCCCAGGGACCCACUCGGUGCUGCCCCCAGCCCUCCCCCGGCCCUCCGCCUGGGGCGGAGGCCGCGCGGCUACACCGUGCUGAGGCUGACUCCCGGGGGCCUGCGCAGCGGGAGGCCGCCCCUGCAGCCUCGCGUGCAGCUGCAAGAGCGGGGCUUCCAGCGCGGCGACUUCUCGCUGUGGCUGCGCCCGGCUCAGCGCGCCGAUGCCGGCGAGUAUCGCGCCACGGUGCGCCUACGGGACCGGCACCGGCCCCGGGACCCGGGCCGCAACCGCGUCUUCACCUGCCACCUCCAUCUGCGCGUGGGCCGGGCCUCGAUGACUGCCACCCCCCCAGGGCCUCUCAGGACCAAUGAUUGGGUCAUUUUCAACUGCUCCUUCAGUCGCCCUGACCUCCCAGCCUCUGUACACUGGUUCCGAGGCCCAGGCAGAGCUCCUGUCCUGAAGUCCCCUCAUCACCAUUUUUCUGGAAGCUUCCUUUUCCUGCCCCAAGUCAGCGCCUUGGACUCUGGACUGUGGGGCUGCUUGCUCACCUACAGAGAUGGCUCCAGUGUCUCCAUCACACACGACCUCACUGUCCUUGGUCUGGAGCCCCAAGUGCCUCUGACAGUAUAUGCUGCAGCAGGUUCUGAGGUAGAGCUGCCCUGCCGCCUGCCUCCUGGGGUGGGGAGCCAGUUUCCCCUCACUGCCAAGUGGACCCCUCCCAACGGAGACCCCGACCUUGUGGUGACUGGAAACAGCGGCAACUUUGCCCUUCGCCUAGACUCUGUGAGCCAGGCCCAAGCCGGGAAUUACACCUGCCACGUCCAUCUGCAGAGGCAGCAGCUCAGUGCCACCAUCACCUUGGCAGUCAUCACAGUGACUCUUAAAUCCUUUGAGUUACCUGACAACAUGAGAAAACUACUUUGUGAGGUGACUCCGGCAUCUGGACAGGAGCGCUUUGUCUGGAGCCCUCUGGACCAACAGUCUUGGAAGAGCUCCCCAGGACCCUGGCUGUCUGUGCAGGAGACCAGACUUCUUUCCCAGCCCUGGCAGUGCCAGCUGUACCAGGGGGAGAGGCUUCUUGGAACAGCGGAGUACUUCACUGAGCUCUCUGGCACAGGUCCUCAACGCUUUUGGGGAACCCCAGGUACCCUAAAAACAGGUGGUCUUUCUCUCGUCUUCAUCUUCGGUGUCCUCUUUCUGUUCCUUUUGGUGGCUGGAGCCUUUAGCUUUCGUGUUUGGAGAAGACAGUGGCGCCCAAGAAGAUUCUCGGCCUUGGAGCAUGGCAUUCACCCACCUCCAGCUCAGAGCAAGAUAGGGGAGCUGGAGCAGGAAGAACCAGAGCCGGAACUGGAGCAGGAAGAACCAGGGCCAGAGCCAGAGUCCGAGCCAGAGUCCGAGCCGGAACUGGUACCGGAGGCCACACUGGAGCCAGAACUGCCCUGACCUGGAGCUGAGGAAACCAGCCAGUCUCCACGUGCAGCCCCUUCCAAAUAAACCCCAUUU